AGGAGGAAGAGGAGGGUGGGGAGGGGGGGAGGAGAAGGAGGAGGAAGAAGAGGAGGAGGAGGAGGAGGAGGAGGGGGCCAUGCGCUGGACCCGAGUCCCGUCCCCUGCCCGCUGCACGCAGCCCGAGCCCCGGCUCCGGGCGGUGGGAGCUGAAGUGGGUCCGGGCUGGCUGUCCCUGGACCUGAGUGAGGGAAGAAAGGAGGGAGGGAGGUACAGAGGGAGUGCCGGCCCUGCCCAGUCCAUCCCUGCCUGGCUCGGCCCAUCGGACUCUGCUGGCCCAUCCGGGCCCUGCCCAGGGCCUGGGGAGCAUGAGGCUGGGAGUUGCCUGGGUGCCGAGGGCCGCUAAGGACAGCCGGAGCGGAGGGCAGGAGGGCAGGCAGGCCCAGGGAGUCCUAGGCGGGCCAAUUUGGACCCCAACCCUGACCAUGCUGCGGUUCCCAGUGAAGAAACUUCGCAAGCAGUUCCGCCUGCUGCUGCUGCUGGUACUGCUCACCUGCGCCGCGUGGCUCACCUACCUGCACCAGCUCGUACGCCAGGGCCGAGCCCUUCGGCUUCGCCUCAGCGGAGGCUCUUGGCCAGAUGGAGAGAAGCUGAGUGAGGUCACAGAUGCUGGGAAGGGGGUGGGGGGACCCCAGGUUGUGUCCCCCCCCAAGAGAGUGGAUGACUCCAGUGAGAGUCAUGAGGAAGACCAGCUGGAUGAGGGACAGGAGCUGAGUGCCUUCCCUGGCCAGGCAGUAAGGUCGUCCCCGCUGAACCUCACCCAGCAGGUCCCCCCAUGGCAGGAGGAGUACAGGGGGAAGGUUAACCUGCACGUUUUUAGGGACUGGUGUGGGGGUGCUGUGGGGAGCCUGAGGAGGAAUCUUCAUUUCCCACUGUUUCCCCAUACCCGCACUACUGUGAAGAAAUUGGCUGUGUCCCCCAAGUGGAAGAAUUAUGGACUCCGGAUUUUUGGCUACAUCCACCCCAGCAGAGAUGGUGAUGUCCAGUUCUCUGUGGCUUCAGACGAUAACUCUGAGUUCUGGCUGAGCUCAGAUGAAAGCCCAGCAGGUGCCCAACUCGUGGCCUACGUAGGCAAGACUGGCUCUGAGUGGACGGCGCCUGGCGAAUUCACCAAGUUUAGCUCCCAAGUAUCCAAGCCAAAGAGGCUCUCUUCUUCUCGACGCUAUUACUUCGAGCUGCUGCACAAACAAGAUGACCGAGGGUCUGACCAUGUGGAAGUGGGAUGGCGAGUUUCUCCCGGCCUGAAGUUCGAGGUCAUCGGCUCCUCCCACAUCUCCCUCUACACAGAUGAGUCAUUACUAAAGAUGGACCAUGUGGCCCACAUCCCCCAGUCCCGGGCCAGCCAUGUGGCCAAUCCAGGGCCACAGCCCAAGGAGCUCGGAGCUGACAUGCUGAGGCCUGAUGCUCGGGACACCUUCUUCCUCACCCCGAGGCUGGAGCCAUCCCGUCGAAAUGUGCUGGUCCCCUGUGCCUAUGCUCCUACCUAUGUGGUCAAGGACUUCCUCGCCCGCUACCAGGGCCUACAGUUUGUCUACCUCUCCUUCGUUUACCCCAACGACUUCACUCGACUCACACAUAUGGAAACUAGUAACAAGUGUUUCUACCGAGAGUCACCAUUGUACCUGGAGAGGUUUGGGUUUUACAAAUACAUGAAGAUGGACGAUGAAGAGGAAGAGGAUGUUGCUGGGCGCGGGGCCUUCCUGUUCCUUGAUCCGGACAGUUUCCUGGAGGAGGAAGAGGAGGAGGAAGAGGAAGCAGAUAGCCCAGAGCCCACAGGAGCCCGUCCCUCCCCAAGCAGGACCCCCCCUCCUUCCUGGGGUACUCAGGACCAUCGAGGGACCAUCCCAAGCAGUCCCAGCUCCCAUCCAAGGAGAGGGGCCCGGCUAACACGUGCCCUGAGCUGGGCCCACACGGCCCCAGCCACACCCCAGAAUCAUGGUGGAGCCCUCUCUCCCCCACUCUUUCUGGGCCGGGCACCACCCCGGUCUGCACUGAAGAAGCCAGAGAGAGUAUACGUGACAAGGGUCCGCCCUGGGCAGCGCCGGGCCCUCAGACGAGGCCCCCCACGGCCCCGGCCCUGGCUAGCCCGGGGCCCUUGGCAGCCCCCGCUGCCCGGCAUCUUUCUCUACCCCCGGCCCCUUCAGAGGGCGCAUCUUCGGGCCCUUCGCCGGCCUCCGGGCCAUCGCCCAACAGUCAGCAGCACCCCAGGCCGGGCUUCCAGGCCCCAGAAUUCUCUCAGGAGGACCUCCAGAGUUAGCUUCCCCCAGGAGGUCCUGGGCCUGACCACUGGCCUCACAGGCCUGACCUCAAAUGCCUCGGAGGGUGGUGAGGCUGUAACCUCUUUCCUUCACAUGUCCGAGGUGGCACGCAGGCCACCAGGGGGAAAGGCCGGGAUGGAGGAGGUUGAGGGUGGCCCAGAGGAGACCGCCACCUCCCAGAACAGCGAGGAGGAGGAGGAGGAGGAGGCCGGUGCCCCACCCAGGGGCUCCUGGCCUGAGGAUGCCAUCAACUGGCAGCGAACCUUCAGUGUCGGCGCCAUGGACUUUGAGCUGCUCCGCUCAGACUGGAACGACCUUCGAUGCAACGUGUCUGGGAACUUGCAACUUCCAGAGUCUGAGGCUGUGGAUGUAGUCGCCCAGUACAUGGAGAGGCUGAACAGCUUACACGAAGGGCGCUUCUCGCUGCUGCGCAUCGUGAACGUGGAGCGCCGGGACUCGGCCAGGGGCAGCCGCUACCUGCUGGAGCUGGAAGUGCAGGAACGCGGGGGUCCUGGACGGCUGCGGCUGUCCGAGUACGUCUUCCUGCGGCUGCCCCGGGCCCGGGCCGGGACCGACGGGGAAGACGAGGCCGAGCUCGGCGGCGACGAUGAGGGUGAGGGCGACGGCGACGACAGGACGGCCCCAGAGGCCGCCCAGGCCCGGCCCCCGUCGGAAGCCCCGAGCCGCGCCCCCGAACCCCUGCUCUGCCGGCCGGUGCGGCUGGCCUGGCGCCAAGACGUCAUGGUUCACUUCGUGGUACCAGUGAAGAACCAGGCGCGGUGGGUGACCCGCUUCCUCUGGGACAUGGCUUCGCUGCACGCGCUCACGGGCGACACGCGCUUCAGCGUGGUCCUGGUGGACUUUGACAGCGACGAUAUGGACGUAGAGCGGGCGCUGCGGGCGGCGCGCCUGCCCCGGUACCAGUACUUGAAGCGCUCGGGGAACUUCGAGCGGGGCUCGGGGCUCCAGGCGGGCGUGGACGCCAUCGAGGAUGGCAGCAGCAUCGUGUUCCUGUGUGACCUGCACAUCCACUUUCCCCUCAACAUACUGGACGGGAUCCGCAAGCACUGCGUGGAGGGAAAGCUCGCCUUUGCCCCUGUGGUCAUGCGGCUCAGCUGCGGGAGCUCCCCUGGCGACCCCCAUGGCUACUGGGAGGUGAACGGUUUCGGUCUCUUCGGGAUCUACAAGUCAGACUUUGACCGAGUGGGGGGCAUGAACACCGAGGAAUUCCGGGACCGCUGGGGCGGCGAGGACUGGGAGCUGCUGGACAGGUGGGUCCUUCAGGCCGGCCUGGAUGGUAGACGACUUCGGCUCAGAAACUUCUACCAUCACUACCACUCCAAGCGGGGCAUGUGGGAUGCAAGGAGCAAGAGGAGUCCCCGAGACUGACUCUCCUCCUAUGCUUUGGAGUCUGUCCUUGAGGGUCCACCCACCCUCUCCAGCCUGGGCCAUGGGGAUGCAGCGAGCAGGGGCUUGGCUCCACCUUCAGGGAACCUCCUCUCAGAGGGGAGGGGACUCUGGGAGAGCUGAAGAGGGACAAGCCCUGUCCCCUCUACCCCUACUGCCCUAAGGAGUCACCUCUUUUGAACCAAGAGGUCCAGGAACUUCUGAAAGAAGUGCCCCACCCCCACCCCCAUUGGAGAAGCAGAUACAGCCUUAGCCCUCGAGGGAAAGAGGCCAGCAUCCUGGCUUUGGGGGGGUCAGCCACAUGACUGCAGAGUCUGAGAGAGGAGAGGGCCCCAGGGAGCCCCCUUCCUGGUGGCCUGGGCAGGCUCUGCAGAGAGACUGAAAUCAAGGCAGAAGGUGGAAGGGAGAAAGAGACAGCCCCCCCCCUUCCCUCUAGCACCCAGCCUAUUACUAUGGUGGGGCCAGGGCCCCCAGAGCACUUGGGGAGCAGGUAGCCAUUCCCAAGAACCUGAUCCUGGGGCAAGUGACCAGGGCCCACACUGUGCAAGAUGAUUUCUGUGAUAUUGUGUCCUAGAGAUGAAGCUUUUCAUGAUUCCUAACCGUUCUGUCUGAGUUUUUUAUU